GUCGUUUUUAUCGCCUGGAGCCUGGACUUGGCGUCGGAGCGGUGGUGCUCAAAGCUCUGAUUAAUUUUUUUUCCCCCACGGGAGUCGCCUGGCGCCUGCUUGGAAUUGGGAAUACUCGGAGCGAGGGCAGGGUAGCGAAGAUGAUGAUGACGAGGGCCUCGAUUGGGGCCAUGGAUGGCUCUAUGCUCGACGACGUCAUAAGCCGACUGCUCAUCGGCGGCGGACGGCAGGUGCAGCUCUUUGAGGCGGAGAUCCGGCAGCUCUGCGUGGAGGCGAAGAAAGUGCUCCUCUCGCAGCCGAAUCUCCUCGAGCUCCGCGCUCCCAUCAAGAUCUGCGGUGAUAUACAUGGGCAAUAUAUUGACUUGUUGAAGUUAUUUGAAACUGGUGGCUUCCCCCCUCAUUCAUCCUAUUUGUUUCUUGGGGAUUAUGUAGAUAGGGGCAAGUAUAGCUUGGAAACUAUAUGCUUGCUUCUAGCUUAUAAAGUGAAGUAUCCCGACAAAGUGUUCCUUCUAAGAGGAAAUCAUGAAGAUGCUAAAAUCAACAGAGUGUAUGGCUUUUAUGACGAGUGCAAAAGGAGAUUUAAUGUUCGGCUCUGGAAAACAUUCUGUGAUUGCUUCAACUGCUUGCCAUUUUCUGCCCUGAUAGAUGAAAAAAUCUUGUGCAUGCAUGGUGGCCUUUCACCUGAGUUGCAAAACAUGUAUGAUAUUCGGAAUAUCCAAAGACCGACUGAGAUUCCAGAUUAUGGUCUUCUCUGUGACUUGCUUUGGUCUGAUCCUGAUCCUGUUGCAAAAGCGUGGGGUGAGAGUGAUCGCGGAAUUUCAGUAACUUUUGGUGCUGAUAAGCUUGUUGAAUUUUUGGAGAAAAAUGAUCUUGAUCUUAUUUGUCGGGCUCACCAAGUAGUGGAGGACGGCUACGAGUUUUUUGCUCACAGAAGAUUAGUCACAAUUUUUUCAGCACCAAACUAUUGUGGUGAAUUCGAUAAUGUGGGUGCUCUGUUGAGCAUAGACGAGAAACUGUUAUGUUCGUUUCAGAUUUUGAAAGCUUCAACACCCGUCAACUCCAACGCAACCACUAAGAUACCUAAGAAGCCAUCGAAAGGAGCCAAAUCUUGAUGCCUCUAUAGUCAUCUUAGGACAACAGAAGAUGUGGGCUGGUUCUUGUGUGUGGAUCACCAAAGCUUGUCAGUCAGUACUUUCUAUGGCUGCCGGAUAAGGUUACGAUAAGCAGCGGAACAGAUUCAAGGCAUUGUUUGAUCUUUGGAUGAAGUUUAUGUGCUGUGACAACAAACAUCUGUAAAUUAGUCGAUGCGUUAUUAGGUGUACAGCAAUUUAGCACAUUGUUUCCCUUUUUUUUCCCGUUCUGGGCACACACGUAUGUACUGACUGAUGGGUUUCCUCUUUGAAUUGUAACAAAUUUCCUUGAGUGUUUCUAUUCUUAA